UUCACCGCUAUAUUCAGAGUUAGGCUCUCCUAUUAUUCGUAUUUUGAAAGUGAAGAGUUUCAGUUGGUUUUAUCCAAGGUUCCAGGACUUUCAUCUUCAAAGAACAGUGGGAGGAGCCUACAGGGGAGUGGAAGUGGCUUGCAAGGACUGGAAGAGGCUUCUGGAACUGUGUGAAGAACUUUGAAAGGAGUGGGAGGGGCCGGAACACGCGUGGGCGUGGCUUGGUCACAGUGGGCCGGGCUUAGGGGAGCAGGAGACUUCAUAAAGAGGGGAAGACUUAAAAACACGCUGUAGGGUAGAGGCUACUUGGAGUGAUUAGGCAUCGGCAGAUUGGCAGAUGUUCAGCAGAAGGAGAGCCCCCACCCGCUACUGCCCUCGCGCCACGCCACCAUGGAUGACGCUCCGCUGCCAGCGCCCCCUGUCCCUGCCCCAGCACCGCCCGCUGCCGCCCCCCGCGUCCCGUUUCACUGCAGUGAAUGUGGCAAGAGCUUCCGCUACCGCUCGGACCUGCGGCGCCACUUCGCGCGUCACACUGCUCUCAAGCCCCACGCGUGUCCGCGCUGCGGCAAGGGCUUCAAGCACAGCUUCAACUUGGCCAACCACCUGCGCUCGCACACGGGUGAGCGGCCGUACCGCUGCUCCGCCUGCCCCAAAGGGUUCCGAGACUCCACCGGCCUAUUGCACCACCAGGUUGUCCACACUGGUGAGAAGCCCUACUGCUGCCUGGUCUGCGAGCUCCGCUUUUCUUCGCGCUCCAGCCUGGGCCGCCACCUCAAGCGCCAGCACCGCGGGGUGCUCCCGUCCCCGCUGCAGCCCGGCCCAGGCCUGCCGGCCCUGAGCGCACCCUGCUCUGUCUGCUGCAACGUAGGGCCCUGCUCGGUGUGCGGCGGUGCAGGGGCUGGCAGUGCAGAGGGCCCGGAGGGGGUGGGCCCCGGCAGCUGGGGGCUGGCGGAGGCUGCAGCUGCUGCCGCGGCCUCGCUGCCCCCGUUCGCGUGCGGCGCCUGUGCCAGGCGCUUCGACCAAGGCCGCGAGCUGGCAGCCCAUUGGGCUGCACACACCGAUGUCAAGCCCUUCAAGUGCCCGCGCUGCGAGCGCGACUUCAAUGCCCCCGCGCUGCUGGAGCGGCACAAGCUGACGCACGACCUACAGGGCCAGGGCGCACCCCCAGCGCAGGCCUGGGUUGCGGGGGCUGAUGCAGGGCCCGAGACCCCUGGAGAGGGUGGCACUGCGGGGGCAGGUGACGCCAGGCCGGCCUGGGACGGCGGGCUGCUCCUGGGCCGUGGGGGGGGCGGGGUGCCUGAGCUGGGGGGUCUGCUCCCCGAGAGCGGCGGGGAGGCCCCUGCACCGGCGGCCCCUGCAGAGCCGUCAUCGGAAGACACCCUGUACCAGUGCGACUGCGGGACCUUCUUCGCAUCUGCUGCGGCUCUGGCCAGCCACCUGGAGGCGCACUCGGGGCCGGCCACCUACGGCUGCGGCCACUGUGGGGCGCUGUACGCGGCCCUGCCGGCUCUGGAGGAGCACCGGCGAGCCAGUCACGGCGAAGGCGGCGGGGCGGAGGUGGCCACGGUGGCCCCCGAGGGGGAGCCCGCCUCCGGGGAGCCCGCCCCCAGCUCGGGCCGCAGCAAGAAGAUCUUUGGCUGCUCCGAGUGCGAGAAGCUGUUCCGCUCACCGCGGGACCUGGAACGGCACGUGCUGGUGCACACGGGCGAGAAGCCGUUCCCGUGCCUCGAGUGCGGCAAGUUCUUCCGCCACGAGUGCUACCUCAAGCGCCACCGGCUGCUGCACGGCACCGAGCGGCCCUUCCCCUGCCACAUCUGCGGCAAGGGCUUCAUUACGCUCAGCAACCUCUCCAGGCACCUGAAGCUGCACCGGGGCAUGGACUGACCACGUGGCCUCCCCCCUGGGGCUGGACUCAGGGCCUCCGGGGACCGCCCCGAUCCAGACAGGGGCCCUGAGAUGAGGGGACCCUGGCUGGAGAGAUGGGGCCACCAGAAACCCACAUAGGCCCGGAGCUGGGGAGUCUAUAGAGACUCCUGAGCUUGAGGCCUCCCUGGAAUUCAUGCUGGGCACCCCCAAAUCUACGGGCCCCUAAGCUGGGGGGACCUAGGAAAGAGAAAUGGGCCUUCACAAGUACUUCUUACCUUAGGAGCCCCAAUAGAAGAUGGGCACCCCUCCCAAGGGAAGCCUGCCCUCUACCUGAGAACCAUCAUUCCCAAUGACCUUGAUCUGGAGAAUGUGGGGAGAACCAUGCCCCUAAAUUCCCCUGGGUCCCCUCCAAAUGCUACCCACCACAGUCACUGGCGCCCCUAGAUAACGGAUAGAGCCAGAAUCUGCCUUUCCCCCGUUUCAUUCCCUAUGCCGAAGGAGGACCAGGGUAGAUGCCCCCUGCCCUCGACCCACUCCCCAAUUAGGCCUCCCUCCCCUACUGCAGAAUGGGUCAACCCCAGUGAUCUUCCCCGUCCCCAAACACUAGAAUAGGCUGGUUGGAAAUCCCCCCGCCCAGUAGGAUGGACUGAUCCAGAUGCAUACCCUCCUGUCCACUGGAAUGGGCUGGCCCAGGUUGUGGCCUGCGCUGUGCCCUCCGUACAGUGAACAGGGCAGACACACACACCCUCUUUUUCAUCAUUCCCCAUCCUGUGAACUCACCUGAGUGGGAGGCGGUAGCCACCGAGCUCUCCCACUCUGCUCCAGCACCUGUUGGUCUUUUCAUAUCUGUCAGUUUGUCUGUCUCUGUGUUCCACCCAACCCCAAGGGAAAGAGGGGGUUGGCGAGGGGGACCACCCCAUGAGCCUCAACCUCACCCCCUCGUCCCAGUCCCCAGUGUCUCUAGGACCCCAAUAAACCUCGUCCUGUCAGUCA